UAUUGAUGUUAUGUAGUCUUUGAGUGUAAUUACUGUAAAUAUUUGGUUGCCAACGCAAGGAGUCCACUAUGCAUUCGGACAACUAAUGAAAUGUUUAGUUCAGUUUACUUUGGUUUUACUAUCAGGAUUGAAAUCAUUGAAACACUGGAUCGAGGUAAAUUGAAAGGCAAUGCACAAUUUAUUUUCUACCAGUGUGGAUUUUUAAUUUCCGUUUCUGAGGAAGUGAUACCAUCUUUAAUUUCAUGUUGUUUUGUGCGGCGGCUCUCAGGGGAAAACAGUAACGUCAUCAACGAUACUGAAAUAUUGGCGAAAUUGACGAUGACAAAUGUGAUGCUUCGUGGGGUUAAGAUAAAUCAUUGGUGAAACGUUAUUUUUUUUUUCGGGCCUAUUCUUUUUCUCAUAACUGCCCAUUGUGUCCAAUGCUCAGGAAUAUGGGCUUAGUUAGUUUGAAGAUCUAUAGAUGGUGCAGUAACUUGUGUUGAAGGUUUUAAAAAUAUUAACAGUGAGUUAUAAUGAAAUAUCGGGUGAACGAAUUAGAUUUGCUUGAACACUGGGGGGAAACGACCCGCCGUCCGCACCGGUUACUGGCUGAAGCGGACCAUGUAGUACUGUACUGGAAUACAUUAGGAAUGCUAUAGCGAAUGAGCGGAGGAAUGUUUCCAAUCGGACCCGUUUCGUUGUGACACAACCCGUCAGCGGUUGUGUUGACGACGGUGAUCCCCUGUAAACGAAGAAAACGAAAGCAGUGAAGUACCGCGUGCUGUCGUUAAUAUAGUAUUGCGGCAAUGAAUAUAUAAUUUAAAGGAGCCGCUACUUCUACGUCGUUAGUGUUUACAGUAAAACUUUCCGUGGUAGUUACAUAGACAGUAACGAAAUUAAUUUAAUGUAAACGUGGACCUACAUGAAUGAUAACCUUGGAUAAAUGACGCCUCGUUAACCUUACCUAAAUAAGUUUCAGUUUCUGUCAUCACGUGUGAUUUAAAAACAGAACAGAAGCGUUCGACUCGAGCCACUUUUUUCCGCGAAGCAGCCUUCCAUUCCUUUGUGUCACUGAAAUAGGCGACACCGUGAACUGCGUAAUUUCUCCAUGAAUACGAUGGGAAGACACGCGUGGAUCGGCUUGGGUGUCGGGGCCACGGCCGGUUCGGUCCUGCUCGUGUAUUUCAUAUACAGGGAGAGGAGGAGGAGGAGCAGGAGAGUCGGCAUGAUGAUGCGCGAGAACGAGCCCGCGAGCGCUCCUGGCUCGGGCCCUGCGCAGCUGGAGCUGCACGUUUGUGACAGUGUCUCGGGCACCACGGUGCCCAGACUGGCAGCUGGACGGGUCCUGCAGCCAGAACAGGGAGGGGAGCUACAGCGGCGGCUGGACGAGGUGCUCCAGUGCGUAGCUGACCUGCGGGGGGAGGUGGCUGAGCUGAGGGUCGGUCUCCAGAGCAUCGCCGUGCAGAUUGUACAUGAUGUCAAAGAGGGCCUGGAGGAGAGCCAGAAGGCUGCACGCAGGCGGCGGCACCUUCUGCCCAGAGAGCGCACUGAUUCCCUCAGCUCCAGUUCCAUCUACUUCACUGCCAGUGGGGUCAGUCUUUAUGAUGGCGAGAGCGAAGGAGGGUAUACAACAGCAAACGCGGAGUCAGACUACAAUGGGGACACGGAUCGAGAGACUGAUAAGGAGCAUGAGGUGGUCAGUGAGGACGAUGAGGAUCGAAGCUGCGCCACUGUGCGAACGCUGAGACAGGAUUCCCAGGAAGAGGAUGAAGAGGAUGCCUCACUGCUGCUGGAGUCGGAUCUUCUCAAUGAGGAGCUGGAACAUCUUCUGUCCCAGGGUGACAUCUUGCAUGCUGGAGGGUCCCAGGAGCGGGCUGAAGGCUUUCAGCUUCUCCUUGACAACAAGGCCAAGUUUGGAGAGCAUAAAGAGUUCCUGUGGCGGCUGGCCCGAGCCUAUAGCGAUAUGUAUGAAAGCACACGGGAUGCAGAGGAGAAGAAGUCCUAUGCUGAACAAGGACGUGAAGAAGCUGAAGCUGCCCUGCAGAAAGAUAGCCUGAGUGCGGAGGGACACAAAUGGUUUGCCAUUCUCACUGGCCUGACCUCCCACUCUGAGACCAUGCACAGCAAACUCAAAAGCAGUCACAUCUUCAAGGAGCACAUAGACAAGGCAAUAUCGCUGAAGCCUGAUAACCCACAGUGCUUCUAUCUCCUGGGGAGGUGGUGUUAUGAGGUAUCUUCUCUUGGAUGGCUGGAGAAGAAGGCGGCUGCUGCCCUUUUUGAGACCCCUCCUACAGCCACUGUGCAGGAUGCCCUGGAGAACUUCCUUAAGGCUGAACAGCUGAGCCCAGGCUUUUCCAGGAUAGGGAGGCUUUACAUUGCCAAGUGCCACAAGGAUCUGGGGAAUAUCUCAGAAGCCAAGAAAUGGACUGAGCUGGCUUCAGCAAUGCCUCGUGUUCCCUGUGAGGAUGCAGAGAGUGCCCCUCUGGAAGAAGCACUGGCAGAUCUAUAAAACCGUAGGAGGCAUGUUUCAAGUGGGUUCCUGGUGGGGUUCCAUGAAGGGCUGCAUGGGGUCUUCUGGGAACCAAGAGAUGUUUGGGUGACCAACACAAUGAGCACCAGUAGAAUUUGCACAACUAACGAUUACUGUUUUACUUUAACCAUCAUUUUGUAGGAAUCUGCGAUUGGUUAACACAUAUGGGUGUGGUUUGAAGGGGCAACUUGCCAUUACAGGAAAAGCAGCGAUCUGCUGUGCAUGUGUUUCUGACCUGUACAAACAGCUCCCUUUUUGUUUCCUGAGAGUAAUCGUUUGUUUGCUAUGUGAAGGAAAUUGGAAUUGUAGUGCAAGAAAAUAACAAUGGCCUCCCCUGCAGUAAUGGCAAGGAGGUAAUGUAGACUGUGAUAUUGUCACAGAGACCAGCUUCAUGAGCGUUUGAAUAAUGACUCGUGAAGUGUAUUUUGACUGAAAUUAUUUUAAUUAUUAUAGGGAAUUCUUUGGCUGUAUAAUUAAGAUCCCAAAAUUGCUAACACAAACUUUCAGACCUAAUAGGAAACACUUAUGGGCACUAAGAAAAAAGUACAUUUGUAUGCACUUAUUCAUAUCACAGUUCUUAUCACCUCUUUCACAAUACAUUUCUUAUGUGGUAGCUUUGGCCACACUGCAAACUUGUACUGAUGUUUUUUCUUUUAUAAUGCAAAAUAGUUCAAAUACUACUUCACUCUCACACAAACAAAUUGAUAAGGGCACUGCUGUCAUAAUGUCAACUGGAACAACAUCGUAAGUCUUGGGCAAUGCCUUAGUGUAUGACAUAAUACCAGAGGGUUUUAGCAAAGGAAUGGGGGAAAUAUUUUAGGAGUUACCAGAACACCCAAAGGAACAUCAUGGAACUGCUCUGGAAUACAUCAGAUUACAUAAAAAAUGCCAAUAAGAACUCUUGCUGCUUUGAUUUGUGCACAAUCAACUUCUUUGUGUGCUAAAAAAAUCAUACAAUGCACUGACUGACAUGCCUUGAGAAAUGGAAAGCUUUUUUAGAAAUAUCACACUUAUACUCACACUUAAGAGCUAACAGUUUGUACUUUAGGUCGAAAAAAGAGAGCCAGUCUGGUUGAUCUAAAGGCCUAGUCUCACAUUGGGGUUUGGGUCUUUAGUCAAAAAUGUAAGGUUUUAUUUUUUCAUGUGUACAUUGUUUUUUGUUUUCCAUUCCUGUAUUGCCAAGCUUCCUGUUUUCUUUGUCUUUCAUCAUUUUAAACAUUGAUAUAUAUACUUUUCUGA